AUGGAUCGUCCAAUCAGUCGAUUAGGACCCGGAAUACUUCAAGCUUUAAAUUUCAACUUGCUCGACAAAUCGCUACUAAUUGUUGAUGCUACACGCCGUCCAGUGCGUCAACCAAUCAAGCUUUCCAAUCGGGUACCCCAAGGAUUUUUAAAUGGCACACCACAUCGUGCUCACUCUUCUGGGCGACUCGAUAUGCUAGCACAAUCCCGCAUUGUUUACUGGGCUCAGAAUCCUUUCUCUUCCCGACCCGGUAGUGCAGCGCGCAAGUGUCGCUCAGCAGUCGUCCACAUUCCGUUUGCCAAGGGCAACAGGAACGCGUCAGCGCGAGAGAAACGCAGCCUGAUCCCAAAAAUGGCUGUUGCGAGCAGUUCGCGUCCUUCCAACAGUAAUGUUACGCAGCAAUCUAGCGGCAAGGCUCAGGUCCAGUCAUCUUCACAACCACAGGGUGCUCAGGCCAUCUCUAUGUCAUCACUCACACCUACGGUUGUCGCCACCUUCGAAGCUAGAGCUUCCAGUACUGAUCCUCAUGUCACGAUCAAACAUGCUGGACGCUGGAUUCGCUUCUGA